UGCACGCGCGCGCGCGCGCCCAUUUCUUGUUCCAUCGCUGUACUCGGCACUCGUUUGGUCAGUCGUGCUCGGCAGUAUCCAUGGCGGCCGCCGCGGGCAAGUCGAAUGAGGCGGACCCCGCGCGGUGCAGGAGGCACCCGCGGCACCGGCACUCGGCGGGCGUGUGCCCGUUCUGCCUGCGGGGCCGCCUCUCGCGCCUCUCCGCCGCGGCCGCGCGCUCCGACGCAAACGCCUCCUCACCCUCGUCGUCGUCGGCCUCCUCCCCUUGCUCGUCGUGGGAGGAGAGCGUCGCGCCGUCGGCCCACGCGCCGCGCCGCCGCGAGAGGCUCGGGAUGCUGUUGCGGCAGGAGGGGAGGGAGUCGGCGGCUUUGGCGGCGCUCGUCGUGGGUCGUCGGGAGGAGGCGCCGCCCGAGGAGGAGGGGGAGAGGAAGGCGAAGAAGGGCAACUUCUGGGCGCGGCUGCAGCAGCAGCUCCACCACGGGGCAUGGCACCGGAAGGAUGGGUGCUCGCUCGCGCACUCCCGGGCUGCUGCCGCGGAGAAGAGCGCCGCGGUGCCGCUCAAGCGUGCGCCGGCGGUCUGAUGGGCGCGCGUGGGCGCGCGUGCAGCGUGCGCGGGCGCGGGCGGAGACGACGAAGACCAUGCAGUGGGCGAGCGCGUUGAGUUGUUUCGUUUGUGUAUUCCUGUGCUUACGUUGUUGAUUAUCUGGCGCCAUCUUUCGUUCUCCUUUUCUUUUUCCCCGCAUAAUUGCUUGCCCAAUUUGUAAAAAUCACUAAGAAAUCAAGAAACUUGCACUCGGCUCGUUCGCGUUA